AACAAACUUGAUAUCAACUUUUUAAACUAAAAAACUCGAUAUCUACUUAUUUUCUAAUCAGUUCAUUUUUUAACAUAAAAAUAUGCCAAUUAUUACUUUUUCAAGCUUAUCAAUUGGAAUUAGAUUUCUUUGGCCAAGUAAUUAGAAUAAGAUGAUUAAUCAACCAAAUUGGAUUUUGCCCGAACCGGUCGAUGACGUUGACGCAACAAAACGCAUGUGCUGAACCAAGAGCCGAAAAUAUCAGAGGCAAAGGAAAGCUCUGUAGUUUGUUAUUUUCAGGGAAAAAAAUAACCGAAAAGGAAGAAACUUGUUUCGGGCAAAAGGAAAAAAGAAUAGGCUUUGAAUUUUUUAGUGGGGGCCACCGAUGGAGACCGAACCAACCGGCGGUGCCCUGGGCGGUGACGAUCUAUCUUCGUCGUCUCCUGCAACCGCCAUAUCACGGUGGACUUUCGAGGUGUCGCGGCGAUACCAGCACGUCCUAGACAAGACGGUGCCGCACAUUCUCAACCGUUGGAUCGGAUGUCUAGCCGUGGUGUUGAUCUACGCCGUUCGCGUGUACUUUGUGCAGGGGUUCUACAUCAUCACCUACGGCCUCGGUAUCUACUUGCUGAACCUCCUGAUGGGAUUCCUUUCCCCUCAGGUGGACCCUGAGAUGCAGGAAGGCCCCACGCUCCCCACCCGCGGAUCCGACGAGUUUCGCCCUUUCGUCCGCCGACUCCCCGAGUUCAAAUUCUGGUACUCUAUCACGAAGGCCUUCUGCAUUGCAUUUGUGAUGACAUUCUUCAGUGUGUUUGACGUGCCUGUCUUUUGGCCAAUUCUCCUUUUCUAUUGGUUAAUGUUAUUCAUCCUCACCAUGAGGAGACAGAUAGUACACAUGAUCAAAUACAAAUACGUUCCUUUCUCAUUUGGGAAACAGCGAUAUGAUGGCAAGAAGGCGUCUUCAACAGAAAACAUGAACCUUCCUAGGGAUUAAAUUCUUCAGUUGAAUUCCGUAGGAUUUGCUGGUAAUGCAAGUCGUCUGAAGGGAUCAUCAGUCACACGUUUUAUAUUUGUUCAUUUUCUCCAGCUUUUUACUGGAUUAGCUUUCAGAUUAGUGGAGAAGGUUAUUUUAGAGGAACCAAAGUUAUUGCCAAAGAAUGCUUUGUAUGGAAAGGACAGGUAACAUUUGUUGUUGCCCAUAUUUCAUCCAAUAACAUGUAUUUUACAGAAGAUAAUACCAAUCAAGCAGUGCGGUUGGUUUACAUUAAAUGUAGUUUUCAAUAGUACUUUUGAAGUUGAAAUACCCUCUUGUUCUUGGGGAUGCUUUUUACCUCAGCAAGCUCCACAACAUUCUUGGAAUUCUGGAUAUUUUAUCAUCCUUUUGCACAUGAGCAUCUGCUUUGCCCUUGCUAUUGACCACAACAAUUAAGGCUUUUA